GAGGUUAUCCUGUUGGUUCAGUUUAAAGCACAGUGACCCACCCACUCUCCUUCUGUGUCUGUUUCUUUUGUUGUGCUGCUGAUGGUUGGCCCCACAAAGCCCGUCAUUGCUGGUCAUGCUGCCAUAGCAACCAGGAUAUACUCACCGCCAUCCGUGGAGCUGUUUGUGUGAGUGUCUUUGGGAAGAAAAGGCACCAAAGCGUGGCGAGUAGAACUCCAGACUGACUGCAUCGGGAGAAAACUGGGACUGAUUUUCACCUUCAGAUGGCUGCCAGUGCUGCAGCCGUGACUCUCCUGCCUCCGGUGAAGUGCGUGGUGGUGUAUAAGAAUGGAGACCCCUUCUAUAACGGACGGAGGUUUGUGGUCAACCAGCGUCACGUGACCACCAUGGAGUCCUUUCUCACUGAAGUGACUGAGAGCAUUGGCGCUCCGCUUGCCGUCCGGAACCUGUACACUCCCAGGUGGGGCCACAAGGUCACAGACCUCCAGGACCUUCAGAAAGGAGGCCUGUAUGUGGCUGCUGGAUUUGAGAGGUUCAAGAAAGUGGAUUACCUGAAUUCAGGAAUGAAAAAGCAGCAGCCUGCUGCCCGUGAAGAAACUCAGACAAGAGUAAUCCAGAGGCCAAAUGUCUCAGCUAAAUGGAGGAAGUUUCUACCCGUCCCUUGCAUCAUACACGUUUUUCGUAACGGUGAUAUCCUGUGUCCGCCAUUUCGAUUUAUCGUCCCUCGGAGCGUACAGCAGGACCUGGAGCAGAUCCUGAGUAUGAUCACGGAGAAGGUCAGCUUACGGACCGGAGCCGUGCGCAGGUUGUGCUCUUUGGAAGGCGUGACUGUGUCCUCAGCUGGAGAGCUGAAGACGGACCACUGCUAUGUUGCCGUGGGAACUGAAAGGUUCAAGAAACUUCCAUAUGUGGAGCUGCUGGUUUCAAAAGCUACAGAGAGGCAUUUCCUCAGAAAGAGAAGGCUGUUGCAGCAACCUGAGAACAGGAAAGCAGAAAGUGGUCCCGAAGACCGAUACAGCGACUCGGCUCUCCUCGCCUCCCCAGAGUCAGACAAAUGGUGGGUGAAGUCAACAGGACACGAGGACGUAGAAGCUGCGGGCCAACAAGCCACACAGCAGAGGACCACAAGAAGAGGAGGAGGAGGUGGUGCUCCUGUUCUGGUCUCAGAGAUGUCUCCAACUUCUGUGUUCUUCACCAGGCCUGUCCAAGGCCACAAAAACAGACACCAGCCAGGACCACCAGCCAGCUACAGAGCCGUGUGGCCCAGCGGUUUUGAACGAUCAACACAUAAGAAGCAAGAACAGCUAGGAGGGGCGGAAGAAGAAAAAACUGCUGUAGUGCCUCCUAUUGAUCAGGUUCACUUUAUGGUCACCUCAACACGCUUUUAAUGCGUUGACUGACCGAGUUAUGGAAUUAAACAGACAUUUGUCAGUCAACACUAAAUUAAUUCCUGCAAGCAUAAGCACAGUUUAAACACGGUUUGUUUGUUUUCCAAGCGGAAAGCCAAAAUAGUGGAUGAGGAGGAACUAAACACAACGGACAAACUGCUGCAGAGCACAGAACAGAUGCAACUGUCUGAACCAGAUGGCAUCAAACCGAAGACUCUAAGAGUGAAUCACAGUAGGACAGAACAUUCUGUAAAAGUUGAGGAUCGCUUUGAGUCUACAGCUGGAAUACAGGUACAUGCAAAAACACAUAGAGCAGCAGUAAAUACUCCGUGUCUGCAGACGUACAUACAAAUUUAAUCUGCACCUAUUUGCUGCUUAACUUCAAAGCAGCCUGAGGUGAAGCAGAGGUCAUCACCACCUACACCUCACAGCUCUGGAGACACAGGGGCGCUCCACUGGGAGAAGCCAGAAUCUCAAGGAGAAAAUGUAAGUGUGAAAAACCUCGUGCACUGAAGAAGGUGCAGGACAGCUCACACUAACAUCAUCAUAAGCAUGUAAAAUUUGAUUGCUUUUUCUUUUGUCCUCUUUCAACAUGUUCCAGCAGGAGAGCACGUCGGGUCUCUCGUCACUCCCAGUAGAGGAGAUUCAUUCAUCGUAACACGUGACAGCCGAACGUCACCCGUCUCUACACGGACCUAAAUGAACGUCAGAUUAAAUUAGUCAGUCAUAUUUUAAUCAUGCUAAUGUGUUAAGUAUGUUACGUGAUUUAAGGUGGAAAAGAAGCAACCUACAAAUUAAGACAACGCUAGCAAAUGCAGAAAACAAAUAUACAAACACAUUCAUAAUUCUGCAUGAUGAUGCAUCAGAAUCGUUUGACAAAUUGAGAACAUGCUUGCACAGAUGUAACCCACAGCAUGUGCAGGAAUAUAACUAAAAUUUACACAACCCAUGCAAGAACAGAGACACAAAAACACAAAAAUAGUUUGCUGCAUAGAGGAAUGUUACAGACUUCUGCUGUUCAGUGCAUCACAAAUACAAUAAUGUGAAAAUGUACUGUAUUUUCCAGAUUACAAGUCCCACGUUUUUUUUUUUUAAUAGUUGGGGGGGCCUAUACAGAAAAUAUGGUAGCUAGGUUAAGAAUACAAUCAUCAGUAAACUUACACAACUCUGCCAACCAGGUAGAGAUAAUGAUAAGGAUGCUCUGAUGGUCUGUUAGUAAAAGUUAUUUUUGUGUUGUCCACACCUCCAUUGUGUUGUGACUGUCUGUACUUUUGUGUGCAUUAUGAAUUUGCAGCAGAUACCAGAUUAAAUUGUUAUAUGUGCUGUAUGUCAUAUGUGUUUAUGUUCUCUCUGUCUGCAAGUUUUUUUAUGCCCCGCUGGCCAAAGGGGGAUUAUGUCGUGGCAAUUUAUGGCCAUCCGUCUGUACCAAAAAGUGUAUAAGCGUUCCGAGCACUCAUCUAAAUUUGCAAGCUGUUUUUAGAGUAACUACCGCUUAUUAAAUUGCUGCAGGUAUUGUUUUUGUAUUUGCGUUCCUUCUAUGUGCUAAUUUUGAACUCAAUUAAUUUGCAAGUGUUGUAGCCUCUUUCAGUCACAGUAGCGUUUAUCUUUAGAAACCCUAAAACUUUGAACAUACCUUCUUUUUUUAAA